UAGGCAAGCCGAAUGCCGACGAUGCUUGUUGAUCAAGCGUUCCAAGUACAAAGCUGUGGGUCUCUGGGACUCGACCUGCUAUAUACAUGGCAGUCCCCCAUUCUUCGCGUCUUGUUCAGGUACAUCGGUCAAGGAGCUGUCUACUACUGUUGCAGCAAUACCUUUUGUUUUCUUCAUUUCUCUUAUUUUUAUUCUCCUUUCUUUAUUCUUAGCGGCUAGUCCGCAAGUCAUUCUUUCAGCGUUACGAUGCACUUCUCCACAUUCCUUUCGGGCGCCGCCCUCUUGCGUCUCUCCAUAGCAGGCUAUGUUCUCGAGGACGACUACAUGAAGGAUUUCUUCGGCAGCUUUGACUUCUUCACGGCGCCUGAUCCCACCCAGGGAUUCGUACAAUACGUCGACCAAUCCCUCGCCCAGCAAAUGGGCCUGAUCAACUCGAGCUCCACGGGCCCCAUAACCCUGGCCGUCGACAGCACCAAGGUGACGCCCCAAGGCCGACCUUCCGUGCGCCUCUCGAGCAAGAAGACGUACAACAGCGGCCUCCUCGUGGUCCUGGACGUCUCGCACAUGCCCACGGGCUGCGGGACCUGGCCGGCCUUCUGGAUGGUGGGCCCCAACUGGCCCUUCAACGGCGAGAUUGACAUCCUCGAGGGCGUCAACGACCAGCAAGGCAACGCCAUGACGCUGCACACGGGGCCCGGGUGCUCCAUCUCGACAUCCCCCGGCGCCUUCACGGGCGAGGCCAGGACAGAUAACUGCGACAUCCACGCCCCGGACCAACUCCCGAAUGCGGGCUGCUCCAUCGAAUCGCCCAGCACGCAGAGCUACGGGGCUGGCUUGAACGAGAUCCAAGGCGGCGUCUACGCGACGCUGUGGACCGACGAGGCCAUCAGCGUCUACUUCUUCCCUCGGACCGCGAUCCCCGCCGACGUCCUGGGCGACGCGCCCGACCCUUCGUCGUGGGGGACUCCGAUGGCGAGAUUCGCGGGGGCGGGUUGCGACGUCGGAUCCGUCUUCAGGGACCAGCAGAUUGUCAUUGAUACGACGUUUUGUGGUGUCUGGGCGGGCGCUGUGUGGGGACAGAGCGAGACGUGCAAGGCCAAGGCGGCGACGUGCGAGGAUUAUGUGCGGGAUCAUCCCGAGGCGUUUGGCGAGGCGUAUUGGAGUAUUAAUGCCCUGAGGGUGUACCGGGAUGAUGGUGAAGGUGUUGAGCCGGAGCCGUCGGAACCGGUUCCAUCGUCUACUGCACCGAGUCUGAUUCCCUCUGGGGGAGUACCAGUUGAGUCGCCAGGGCAAACCUCGAGUGCGCCAGGGCAAACGUCUCCGUUGUCUUCAGGGAAGCCCAUACAGACGACGACCAAGUCCGUUGUCGACACGCCCUUCUCACUGCCUACCAACGCGACUAGUACCUCAUCCGUCCGAUCCGCCUCUAGGACCCCGACAGCUCCCUCGGCGACUGGAACACCGGUCCCUCCUACCUCCAUCGCUCCCAGCGUUCCUUCGGCCGCACCACCACAGUCUACCCUUACCUCAACCACUACAAGUCAGAACCAACCCUCAGCAGCACCCAAACCCCUCCCAACAAACGCCCCAGGCGCAGGAGCAGGCGCAGGCGCAGGCGCAGGCAAUGGUCCACUACAAGGUUUCCAAUGGCCCCUUGGACCACAGCAAGAUGACAACUCCGGCAAUCCUCCCUCUCUGAUCCAAACCGCCCCAACUUCGACAGCCAAGCAGAGCGCCAGCAUCAACACCACCACUCCUGCACUCCCUACUCCACCCACCCUCACAGCAUCCACCACGCCCACGCCCACAUCCACUCUUCCCCUCAUACCCCCUUCUUCCGCGCCGUCCGCGUCGUUUCCCGCGCAAGAAGCACCCGCUUCUCCUCUUUCUCCCCCUUCUUCUCCACCACUAUCUAAGACGUGCACCGCGCACACUGUCACAGAAACAGGAGACGAGGACCUGGCUAUUCCUAUCCCUACGGGUCGGGAUCGGGGGGGUGCCACGGGGACGGGGACGAGCACGGGGAGGAAGGAUCUAAAGACUGUCUUCGUUACCGUGACUUCGCCUCUUUCUUCUCCUGCUCCUGCUCAACAGACGUCUACAACACCGGGAGGAGCGAGACGAAGGGGCAGGAAUGUGCGGCGGCAGCGGCAGCGGGAUGUUUGAGGUAGUUUAGAUAUGUUGUAGAUUGGCUGUUUGGUUUUGACCGAAUGCAAAUGGCCGUGCGAUACUGGCGCCAGGGCCGUCGGCGGCGAAGAGAGGGUUAUUUUUUUCUUCUUCGUGGAUAUUUUUUCUCUUCUUCGUGGAUAUUCUUUCUUUCUUCUUCUUCUAC